GCCCAAGUUGCUUACGACCGCAGCGAGCCCCCUCUAUAUAAUCCACCCGAAGAGGCCUAGGGUUUCGCCUGCUCUGUCCACCACGCCCUCCUCGCGCCGCCGCCGCCGCCACAGCACCAGCAGUCGCCGCCGCCAGCAGCGAAGGAAAGUAUGGAUACCCAGGUCAAGCUUGCUGUUGUAGUCAAGGUGAUGGGCCGCACCGGCUCGAGGGGUCAGGUGACCCAGGUCAGAGUGAAGUUCCUUGACGACCAGAACCGUCUCAUCAUGAGGAAUGUCAAGGGCCCGGUCCGCGAGGGUGACAUCCUCACCCUGCUUGAGUCUGAGAGGGAGGCCAGGAGGCUGCGCUGAGGCACCUGGUGGUUGUUUCUGUCGUUUGCUGUUACUAUAUUCAAAAUGUGAAAUGGAAUGUUGCCUGCCUUAGUGUACUUCUUUCGUAUCAAGUUAUUGAACACUUGUCUUCUGAGUAGGCCAUGGAUUAUGAGUUAAGAGCAAUGGGAAUGUAAUUCGAGUACUCAUCUGGUUGCACUUUUGGUCUGUUGCAACCUGAAUUGAAAUGUGCUUAUGUUGUGACAUUGUUAUGCUCUGUCACCUUGGAUAACUUGAAUUUAUUGAAUGAAUGCUAUAUUGAUCA